AGGGAAAGUAAAGGAGAGGGGAGGGACAACAUGAACACCACUAAGGUCGGCUCUAUGCCAUGUCAAUUGUUCAUCGUCCUACGGAACGCAGUCCGGCAGUCGAGAGGCAUCAACCGACAACAACUUCAAAGCGAAGGUUUUUAUUCAUUGUGACCAAGUCAUCGCUUGGUCUUACUCCUCUUCUCCUUCCAUCCACACCGCCGGGACGCAAACAACUCAUCGGUGAAUCGAACACCAGAGGGAACAAAGCCACGAAGAUAGUGACGCGAUUGAUCACUUCGAAGGGCUACUCGGUGAUAGAUGGAGCUGGGGGUCGCAUCAACCCUAACGACCAAGUCACCGAAGAGGCUGUGGCGGGUUUCGGUAAGGCUGGCAUAGCCCCUAACAGCUUCUAUCAGUGAUAGAGGGGGUGAUACUAGCUUGUCAGACAAGAAUAGUGCACAACACGGUGGUUCGGUCAUUGUUAAUGCCGAUGACAACCAAGUGCGAUAGACAAUGCAAUCACUCGGAAACUUUUGGUCAGUAACGAUCGGCGUUUAUGUGGCAGUACCGACAUCUGGUUGGAAAAGCGGAUAAGCAG